AUGGCGACCACGCACAAUGCCUGCCAGCUGAUUGGUCGCUGUCGAUCACGUGGUCAAAACUCAGUUAGUAAACAAGGAACGGUGGACCGGAAGCACAACGAGAAAUAUUUUCGUUCGUGUUUUGUUUUGUUCCUUGUUUCAGCAGUUACCGGCAAAAUGGUGGAUGAUGAAGACAACGGCAUAGCUGGAAUGCUUAAAGAUCACAUUCUUGAAGUUAUAUUUUCCUAUUUAGACCUGCAUGAUUUAAGAAACUGUUCGCUAGUGUGUAAAAAUUGGUAUAGAAUUCUAAAUGACGAAAACAAUGACGUGUGGAGGUUACAUUGUGUCAACAAAUUGGCCGAAGACGCAAUGACAUCCGAUCUCCUGUCGUCUGUGCCAACUUACAAGGCGAAACUUAGGGGUUUUUAUCACGCAUGGAAUCCCCACGACUGCUCAAGAAACAUCUACAUCAAACCCAAUGGCUUUACGUUGCAUAGAAACCCUGUCGCCCAGAGCACGGACGCUUCCCGAGGCAAAAUAGGGUUUCGACAUGGUCGUCAUGCAUGGGAAGUGAUCUGGGAAGGACCUCUUGGCACUGUAGCUGUCAUUGGAAUUGCUACGAAGGAGGCUCCGCUCCAGUGCCACGGUUACGUGGCGCUUCUGGGCUCCGAUGAUCAAAGUUGGGGAUGGAACCUGGUCGACAACCAUCUCCUGCACAAUGGAAACUCCCAGGGGAAUUAUCCCCUACUCAAUAAUGCUCCUAAAUAUCAGGUUGGUGAACGGAUAAGAGUUAUUUUAGAUUGUGAAGACAACACACUAUCAUUUGAAAAAAAUUAUGAGUUUUUAGGAGUUGCAUUUAGAGGUCUUCCAGUACAGCAGCCUUUGUAUCCAGCUGUAUCGGCUGUCUAUGGAAAUACAGAAGUAUCAAUGGUUUACCUAGGUCCACCUAUGGAUGGUUAGGAGUAAAUGCAAAUAGUAUUGUCCUCCUUCUAAAAAAUUCUUAUCAUUGCUGAACAACACCCUUUGUUUGUUUUCUGACAGCAUUUUAAAUGUUUUAGUUUUGUUCAACUGUUUGGUCAAUCAUGACCAAUUAUCCUCUUUUUAAUAGAUUAAUUAUUGGGUCCUAAAACAAAUUAGCUUUUAGUUUUCAAAAGGCAUGUUUGUCUUUAUGAUGUAGUCCUUUAGUCUCAGUCUGUAUUUCUUUUAAUCUAGUCCAAUUUCGGAGAGCAGGGUGUGGAACAGUUAUUUUCAAGUCGUCAAUAUUACCCAUUUUACCAUGGUGCACUAUCAAAUAGUACCUCACUUAUUGUUCAUUGUUUUUUAUUUUAAAGUCAUAUAUUUAUACAUUGUCAUAAAUUCACAUCAACCUCAUGGCAUUCAGCAAGACAUCAGUGUUCCAGUACCCAUGCUCUUUCAAUACAUUCCCAUUCAAAUACUUAACUAUUUGUUAUUUGGACUUGUGAUAUAAAUUUGGAUUAUGAUAAUCCAAAAUGCACCCUUCUCCAUUUUUUCUAAACUGAAGAAAAGAGUGCUUGUAAUCAUUUUAUAUUGAGUAGAGCAGUGCAAGAGAUACCGCAUAAGUAUAUUCUUCCUAGUCAGUUAUACAUUUAACACAGUUACUGUGAGAAGCACGUAGCAUGUUUUUGAAAAGCACUUGCUUCUGGUAAUUUUAAUGCUACAGUAAUAGACUAUUAUUUACAACUGAGGUUUGAGAUGAGUUUUUCUUGUUCUCAAUGAGAAUAAGGACUCACAUCAAACUUCUGUUUCUGGAGACUGAUGCUAGAACUCAUGUAUAAUUAUAAAUGUACAUCUAAUUUUGAUCAUGUUCUCUCUGUAUAGCUAAAUAAGAUGUUGGCAAGGACAAACUUAAAGUUGACCAAAUAGUUUAUUGAUCCCUUAAGUUAAUUUUAGUAUGUGAUCUCAUUUUUCAAUUUGCAUUGUCCAUAACAAUUAUUUUUAAAUGCACUGUUUACCAAAUGGCGCAUGACUACUCCUUACCAAUAAGUUUGGUAAGGCUAUUAUUAUUCAAUGUUAGUCAUUUAAUGAAUUGAGUAUUGAUGUAUUAUCAGAGCACAAAUUGUCAGGCAAAUCUGUAGAACUUGGAGGUUUAUGCCCUCUUUUACCCUUCCAAGUAUCCAGGGCUAUUGUAGCACCUGACAUCAUUUUUAUGUCAUUCUGCUUAUGCAAGCAAAUGUUUUAGUGGUUUUGAGUUGUGCGGGUCGGGUUUCAUCCAGAGUUCACAGGUGCUUAUCUGUUGUACCUAGUAGGUACUUAUGUUCUCCAUGCUUGAAUGAAGAAUAUUCUAGUCACCUUGUGUAAAGGUAUUCUCAGUAAUGGAUCUCAACUGUGUGUAAACAAUGUACUGGAGUUUGUUGGAAACCUUUUUGAUUCCUCCAAACUUUUUUUUCCUCUUGUUUCAAAUGUACUUGUUUUAAUUUGUAACGCUUGAUUAGCAAUAUGUGAGUGCUCUGUUGCAUAACAAAUUUUGUGUACAGUGUAAGUGCACAUAUUUUUACUGCUUUGGUGGUGUUAAAUAUAUUAUCAUUGUUAA